UCUUGGGAGUUCUGUAGUGAGCUGGAAGGCAACUUUGCAGUCGGCGGUGACAUUGUCUACUACUGAGGCAGAGUAUAUGGCGUUGACAGAAGCUGCUAAGGAAGGAAUAUGGUUGAAGGGACUGGUUGGUGAUCUGGGUCUACAUCAUGAUCAGGCAGUGGUGUAUUGCGACAGUUUGAGUGCAAUAUGCUUGGCCAAGGAUCAAGUCCACCAUGAGAGGACUAAGCACAUCGACGUGAGGUAUCAUUUCUGGAGGACAGAGAAGAGGAUUAAGGUGAAGAAGGUUGGCACCGAGGAUAAUCCUGCUCAUAUGUUCACGAAGCCGGUUCCACAUGGCAAGUUCCAACACUGCUUGGACUUGCUGAAUGUCUUGAGUGGGUGACUCCGCCCUGCAGGGCAUUGAUGGCGGGAGAGAGAUAGAAGGAGCAGAGUACAUCAGAGAUUUCAGAGGAAGAGGAUUCAAGUCAAGGUGGAGAUUUGUUGAUGUGACUUGAAUCGGACUAUCAGCCGCUACGACUGGUAAUCGGGGGUCUCGCUGACCGGCCCACGAUGUAUGGGCUCAAUGUUAUUUGGGUUCGGGUUCUGGGCCUGGUCUGUAACCGUUUCCUUUGCCAUAUUGGAUUAGGUUUAGACCCACAUGGAGAAGUACUAUAAAUACUUCUCAUACUCCUCUGUAAUCUGUAAUCUCCUCGAUAUAGUGAAACUGGCUCUCUCUCGCCCGUGGACGUAGCUAACACGCAUCGUGUUAGUGAACCACGCAAAUCGUGUGUCUGUGUUUUUCGAUUCUCGCUUUCGUAUUCUUGCUUUAUCGAUUCCGACAAUUUCCCGAUCCGUAGCAGCGCGUUUAUAACAAAGGAUUAUUCAAAUG